AGGCUUCCAAGACCUCCAUCUCUCCACCGUUCCACUGUUCCUGAAUUCUUGGUCCACCCCUCCCGAGCUGUAUUGCUUGUCUGCAGUCCAUCCUCCACCAUGUCCGACGAGAAGACAGACCCCACGGUCGAGGGCCACGCCGAAGAGCGCCGUGACGAUGCUGCUGCCGAGAUCGACACUGCCGUCCACAUUGCCCAUCAGACGCAAUCUGGCGCCUAUUCGCCCUGGACGCCGCACAUGUUCCGACUCUACGCCGUCCUCUUUAUUGCUUACCUCAAUGGAGCUCUCAACGGUUACGAUGGUUCCUUGAUGGGAGGUUUGAAUGGAUUGAAGUCCUACUUGAACUACUUCCACAAGGAAACUGUUGACGAGAGCACCGGAAUCAUCUUCGCCAUGUACAACAUCGGAAGUGUCGCCGCCGUCUUCUUCACCGGACCUGCAAACGACUUCCUCGGUCGCCGAUGGGGCAUGUUUAUCGGGGCUGCCAUUGUCAUUAUCGGCACUUGUGUUCAGGCCACAACCAAAACGUACGAAGACCUUUACUUCUAUGGUCGCAUACCGGUUGCUAAUGGUUCUCAGCUCUGGCCAAUUCCUUGCUGGACGAUUCGUUCUCGGAUUUGGUGUCAGUUUCUGCUGCGUUUCUGCUCCGACCUAUGCUCAAUCAUAGCUUCCUGGGUUAUCUAUGGGUGCGCCUACAUCGAUGGCGGUGAGGGCACCAGUGCUUGGCGCCUGCCCAUUUGGCUUCAGAUGGUUACCUCUGGUAUCGUUUGCGUUGGCGUCUUCUUCAUCCCCGAAUCUCCGCGAUGGCUCAUGGCGAACGACAAACACGAAGAAGCCGCGAAAGUCCUUGCCAAGUACCAUGGCGAGGGCUCUAUCGACCACCCUAUUGUCCAGCUUCAGCUGAAGGAGAUGGUAUCUCAAAUCAGCACAGACGCAUCGGAUAAGUCUUGGUAUGAUUACAGUGAGCUCUGGAGCACCCACUCCGCCCGUCGCCGCCUCAUCUGCGUGUUGGGCAUGGCCUUCUUCGGCCAGAUCAGUGGUAACAGCUUGAGUUCUUACUACUUGACCGUUGUACUGAAGAACGCCGGCAUUACAGACGAGAAGCGUGUCUUGGCAUUGAAUGCGAUCAACCCGAUUCUGUGCUUCUUCGCAUCUCUCGUCGGAGCUCGUAUGACGGAUGUUGUCGGUCGCCGACCCCUCCUGAUUUACUCCAUCAUCUUCUGCUCGUUCUGCUUCGCAAUCAUCACGGGAACUUCCAAAUUGGCAACAGACGAUGCUAACAACGUUGCUGCUGCCAACACAACCAUCGCCUUCAUCUACAUCUUCGGCAUCGUCUUCAGCUUCGGCUGGACUCCUCUUCAGAGCAUGUACAUUGCCGAGACCCUCAGCACCUCCACUCGCGCCAAGGGUACUGCAGUCGGUAACUUUGCCAGUGCUGUCGGAAGCACCGUUAUCCAGUACGCCAGUGGACCGGCUUUCCUCAACAUCAAGUACUACUUCUACAUUGUCUUCAUCUUCUGGGACCUCUUUGAAGCAGUCAUCAUUUACUUCUUUUGGCCCGAGACCAAGGAUCGCACGCUUGAGGAGUUGGAGGAGGUCUUCAGUGCCCCGAACCCUGUCAAGAAGAGCUUGGAGCCUCGUUCGGCCGAGACUGUCCUGAAGACUAUGCAGGUCGGCCAGGACGAAAAGGUGGCGUAUGUCUAG